CAUUUUCUCCUUUCCACAUGGCAGAAGAAUCCAAAAAAUCACACUUGCACUCCCAUGUUUUCUAGCGGCUGACGGCAACCUCCCCAACGUCUCUCUGACCUAACUCUCUGCGACCUCCGUCUCACCGCUCGAAGCUAUCAUCAACUCCUUCUCUGCCUUCGGAAUCGACGCGAUUGCGCUGUAAGUCGCCUAGGUUGGAUAUGGAAGGAAAUGGGGCACAUGAAGGAAAUGGGGCUCAGGACAUGCUACCUCCUCCCCCUGCUGUUAUCCCACCAGACGUAACUCCAGUGAAAGUGGAGCCUGAAAAGAAAAAGGUUACGCGGGUGCCAAUGGCUAGACGUGGGGUUGGGUCCAAAGGGCAGAAGAUCCAGUUGCUUACAAAUCAUUUCAAAGUUAACGUUUCUAGUGUGGAGGGUCACUUCUACCAUUACAGUGUUGCUCUCAAAUAUGAAGAUGGCCGCCCUGUAGAGGGCAAGGGUGUGGGAAGAAAAUUGAUUGAUAAGGUGCAAGAGACUUAUCAUAGCGAGUUAGACGGUAAAAACUUUGCUUAUGAUGGAGAGAAGAGCUUAUUCUCUGCUGGUCCCCUUCCGCGUAACAAACUUGAAUUCACUGUUGUGCUUGAAGAAAUUACCUCUAGCAGGAAUAAUGGGCUUGGUAGCCCAGGUGGAGAUGCAAGUCCUAAUGAGACCGACAGGAAAAGGCUUAGAAGGCCCUACCAAUCCAAAACUUUUAGGGUUGAAAUUAGCUUUGCUGCAAAGAUUCCCAUGCAGGCUAUUGCAAAUGCAUUGCGUGGACAGGAAUCGGAAAAUUCACAAGAAGCCUUGAGGGUUCUGGAUAUAAUAUUACGGCAACAUGCAUCAAGACAAGGAUGCCUUCUUGUUAGGCAGUCUUUCUUUCAUAAUGAUCCGAAGAACUUCGCGGAUGUGGGUGGUGGUGUCUUAGGUUGUAGAGGAUUUCAUUCAAGCUUCAGGGCCUCUCAGGGAGGCUUGUCUUUAAAUAUUGAUGUGUCAACUACAAUGAUAAUACGGCCUGGGCCUGUGGUGGAUUUCUUAAUUGAGAAUCAAAAUGUCAGAGAUCCCUACUCCAUUGAUUGGUCAAAGGCUAAAAGAACACUGAAAAAUUUGAGGAUCAAGGCCAAUCCCUCAAAUCAGGAAUACAAAAUAACUGGUUUGAGUGAGAGACCAUGCAAGGAGCAAACGUUUGUAUUGAAGAAUAGGAAGGAUGAUAAUGGGGAAGAAGCUGAAGUGACUGUGUAUGAUUACUUUGUUAAUACUCGUGGUAUAGAGUUGAGGUACUCUGGUGAUUUGCCUUGCAUUAAUGUUGGAAAGCCGAAACGCCCCACUUUUAUCCCACUUGAGCUUUGCUCUUUGGUGCCCUUGCAGCGAUACACAAAAGCACUUUCAACUCUCCAAAGAGCUUCGCUAGUGGAGAAAUCAAGGCAGAAGCCACAGGAACGGAUGAAUGCUUUAUCUAUUGCUUUGAGAAACAGCAAUUAUGGUUCUGAACCUAUGCUCCGGCAAUGUGGCAUCUCAAUCAGUACGAACUUUACUCAAAUUGAAGGCCGUGUUCUGCCAGCUCCCAGGUUAAAAGUGGGCAAUGGGGAAGAUUUCUUUCCUCGAAAUGGGCGUUGGAAUUUCAAUAAUAAGAAACUCGCGGAACCAACUAAGAUUGAAAGAUGGGCAGUUGUGAAUUUCUCGGCACGUUGUGAUAUUCGUGGUCUUGUGCGAGAUCUAAUAAAAUGUGGAGAAAUGAAAGGAAUUCGCCUAGAACCUCCAUUUGAGGUUUUUGAAGAAAGUCAUCAGUUUAGACGAGCCCCAGCUUUGGUUAGAGUGGAGAAGAUGUUUGAGGAAAUACAAGCUAAACUUCCAGGGGCUCCUGAGUUCCUUCUUUGCUUACUUCCUGAGAGAAAGAACUGUGACAUUUAUGGUCCUUGGAAACGGAAGAAUCUUGCUGAAUUUGGUAUAGUCACUCAAUGCAUUGCUCCCACAAGGGUCAAUGACCAAUAUCUCACUAAUGUUUUACUGAAGAUCAAUGCAAAGCUUGGUGGAUUGAAUUCAAUAUUAGCAAUUGAACAUUCUCCUGCAAUCCCUAUUGUUUCAAAGGCUCCUACUAUCAUCCUUGGGAUGGAUGUUUCACACGGCUCUCCUGGGCAAUCUGAUGUUCCAUCAAUUGCAGCAGUUGUCAGCUCUAGGCAGUGGCCAUUGAUCUCACGAUAUAGAGCUUCUGUGCGUACACAGUCCCCCAAGGUUGAAAUGAUUGAUUCUCUUUUCAAGCGAGUGUCGGAGACUGAGGAUGAUGGUAUCAUGAGGGAGCUGCUGCUGGACUUCUAUACGAGUUCUGGGAAAAGAAAACCUGAUCAGAUCAUCAUAUUCAGGGAUGGAGUAAGUGAGUCACAAUUCAAUCAAGUUCUUAACAUCGAACUUGAUCAAAUUAUUGAGGCCUGUAAAUUUCUUGAUGAAUCCUGGUCCCCAAAGUUCUUGGUGAUCAUUGCACAGAAGAACCAUCAUACGAAAUUUUUCCAGUCUGGCUCCCCAGAUAAUGUUCCACCUGGAACUGUUAUUGACAGUAAAAUUUGUCAUCCACGAAACAACGAUUUUUAUCUAUGUGCUCAUGCUGGCAUGAUUGGAACUACAAGGCCUACACACUAUCAUGUUCUGUUAGAUGAGAUUGGCUUCUCUGCAGAUGAUCUCCAAGAGCUAGUUCAUUCACUAUCUUAUGUAUAUCAAAGAAGCACAACUGCCAUUUCUGUAGUUGCACCUGUAUGCUAUGCUCAUCUGGCAGCCACCCAGAUGGGACAGUUUAUUAAGUUUGAAGAUGCUUCUGAGACAUCCUCGAGUCAUGGAGGAACAACAACUGCUGGAGCUGUUGCAGUGCCACAACUGCCCAGAUUGAAGGAAAACGUAUCGAGUUCAAUGUUCUUUUGUUGAAUGUGUGCCUUCUUCACCAAUGUAAGUAGGACAAGAAAUGUGUGCACAUUCUGUAUAGUUCUUUUUGUUGGUUGUUUGAAGGUCCAUUGUGGAGUUUGGACUUUUGGAUGACUAAAAAGCUUGGUUAGGAUAGCCGAUCAAGGAGCUCACAACUAAGAUUGACGUUUGAUGUGUAGAGUUCAAUGAUUUGGUGGGGCCUUGCAAUGCAUGUAGGAGUUGUUUAUAUCAGUGUUUUAGGUUUUAUAGAAAGACUCUGGUAGUGGGGUAGCUUGGUGUAGUUUUGUCCAUGGCUUUACUUCAAAAGCAUAUUUAACCGGUAACUGAUUGCUUGUGGGCUCUCCAUCUUGUCGGAGACUGCCUUUCAUUGUAGCUGUGGAUAUCCAGAAAAUCUUUUAUGAAAUGGAGGCUUUUAGUAGUAAUGUAUUACAGAUGCAUUAUGUACAUGUCUUAAAUCAGGUGCUGGUGAACUUUGUCUAA